GUAUUUUCUUUGGUUCCUAAAUGGGGUUUUAUAUUGUUCUAAUUUUGGUUCUUUUCUUCUCCAUGAGUUUAUUCAGACUCUUUCCAGGCGGUGGUGGACUCUUGGAUUCUACCCAGAUUCCGCUCGACGGGGUAUGGUGGGAACCUGGUGGAUCUAUUGUUGUUCAGGACGUUGAUGGAACUGACUCGGUCGCAAAUGACUUCCUGUUCGGCUCUGCUGAAGGCUGGUGGAUAUUGGUCGACUUCAUGAUCUAUAGUUACGGCUGCGAUGUGAAACUGCGAUGUGAAAAGAUAUAG